AUGGAAUUAAACGGCGAAAAUUUGUGCGUAAACUCCCUCCGAAGAAUUAGCUUCCCCUACGAUGGUUAUAACACACAAAUGGGGUCUCCAUUUUACGCUGGCUGUAUGGGCGAGUUAUGCCACUCCAACCCAAUUGUCGAAGUUCCUGAAGUGAGAGAAAUAACCAGAUUUGUAGAUUCCGUAAAGGUGGUAGACAUCCCAGUGGAACAGGUCAGAAUUGUCCCAAAAUUAAAAAUAAGAGAAAUCGAAAAAAUAAGACAUGUUCCAGGUCCAGUAGAGUACAUCGAUAUUGAACAGGAACAUAUUGUUCACAAACCGUACACAAAAGUAAUAGAAAAAAUUUACGAGGUGCCUGAAGUUGAAGAUGUACAAAUAGAGGUACCAAUUUAUGUACCUACACCAGUUGGCCCUCCGAAGGACGUCUAUAUCAAUGUCCCUUUACCGUAUGACGUUCCACAAUUUUGUUACAAACCAGAUAAACAAAUUGCACAAGGAAUUCCAUACCCUACCUUUCAGAGAGUGGUAAAUAAGGAUUCUAAUCUUUAUGCCGGGGAAGAUGCAUUCGAUGGUUAUGCAUCAGAUGUGGGCUCCUCUAAAAGGGAAAAAGGUGAAAUGUAUUCAGAUGCCCAAAUGAAGCGAAGGGCUACAUGCACAGAAAGCCGAGGAAAUGAUGAAUAUUAUAAUAGGGGUUAUUCUAAAAAUCAAACCCAUAUGGAUGGCCGCUACAUGGGUGAAGAAUCGAGCAACUAUUAUGAUUAUCAGAAUGGGGGGACCCAUAACGAGUACGAAAAUUACAAUGCGUAUGCUAGUAAUUACAGAUAUGACAGUAGAGGGAAUGGGAUUACCAAUAACGAAAAUAACCUGAACUCAUCUGAACCCUUUGAUAAAUAUUAUUAUUCAUAUUCGGCUUAUAAUGACAAUAGGGGGAGACAACCCCAAGAAGAGAAUUACGAAGACAACAAGAAUUAUGUGUACGGUAACGAUUUUUCGGAACAAAGUUCACCCACCAAGAGGACCUCAGCGGAACUUAUAGUGAAGCGGUCCAAAAAAUCCUCCUACUAA